GUGUUACCGUGGGGAAGGCGUAGCGAAUGCCUUGCGUCCAGAGGCUGGCAGCAGACGUUAGCCGCCAAACUUUGGCGUCAGGUGAACGAGGAAAGUGUUCCACGAAGUCUUGGGAUUUCGCAGGCUGUCGAGAUCUGUCACCAGUCUCCCUCACGUUUGGUAUUGGGGCCUUGUCAUCGGCCGAUCCGCGGGAAAUCGUACGAAUUGCUCUCGCUGGCUGUGAAAUUGUGAGUCUCUACCGUUCCCUGCGAAUGUUGAUCUCUGCUGUUCGCUGGUUCGGCCAGAAAUACCGAAUUGUGGUGCUUUUUUAGGACCUUCAAUUGCAAGGGAAUUUUCUCCGGUCUGUUAGUCUACCCUGUCGGGGAACUGACUUGUCGGAAAGGAGCUGAGAGCUUUGCAGGCCUGGUCGAGUACAAAGUUCUAGCAGUAUAUUUUGGUGUUGUUCAAAUUUGUCUGCAGACGCUUUCGUGGAGCUGGUGGAUGCUGCAGCAAAGAUGUCACAGUUUGAAUUGUGGGGGAUGAAUUUCACUUGUAUGGUGGACCCGCUUAUGCUGUAUGAAAUACCUCCUAAGGAUUGCGUGCUGCCGUUGCUGUCGAAAAUUCUGGGCUACUGCAUAGUGGCUGCAUCCGGAAUCGUGAAGCUCCCGCAGAUCCUUAUAAUUAUGAAAAGUCGUAGUAUUAAGGGACUUAGCAAAACAUCUUUCGAGAUGGAGGUCGUUGGUUUUACAAUCGCUUUGUCGUAUUGUAUAUACAAGCGUAUUCCAUUUUCAGCAUACGGGGAACUGGUCUUUCUUCUUCUUCAAGGAAUAUUUCUCCUUUUGCUUAUCUACUAUCACUCAACAAAUUUGGGACCUGCGACCCUGGUGAAGACUGCAUUGUACUGUGCAUUAGCACCCACUCUUCUGGCUGGUAACGUGAGUGAAAACGUCAUGGAAACUCUAUAUGCUUCUCAACAUGCCAUUUUCUUCCUCUCCAGGAUACCUCAGAUCUACGACAACUUCGUUAACAAAAGUACUGGUCAACUAAGUUUCCUCACAAAUUUUAUGGUAUUUGGUGGCUGCAUCGUGAGGUUAUUCACGAGCAUUCAAGAGAAUGCUCCUAGUAGCAUGAUUCUUGGCAGCUGUCUUGGGCUUCUGACUAAUGGCACAGUCUUCACACAGCUGCUCAUGUACAGAGGGCAACAAGUGAAGGACAAGACAGCAUAAGUCUCAACGUGUUUGUGAAGAAUCUUAUUCCAUAUUCGAGCUGUGUUGAAAUCGAUACAUGUAAACGGCAAUUAUGGGCCUUCUGACUUGUAACACAUUUUCUGCAUCCGAAAUCUUUUGCUGGAAAUGUUGGGGCUACAUGCCUUCUUUUUACACUAGAACCUCUGUUCCAAGAAUCAAGGUCAAACAGCGUGCCUCCCAAAUAGCAUCGAUUUUACAAGUGAGCAAAUUUGUUGCUCGCUGUGGUUGAUCCAGUGUAUUUUGAAGGGUUGGAAGCUCUAACCCCCAAGUUAUAGCAAACAGGAAGAAACGCUGAAAUCGUAACCUUUACGCACUCCCGUCAUUGCUGUGGUAGUUGAAGGCUACUAAGUGCGAUUCAAAUCGCGAAGUCAGAGUGAAAAUGUUUGGUGUGGAAACAAAGCUUGUGUAAAAUGCGGUCUGCUCUUUUGAGAGCAGAUUCUUGUAACAAGGAUUUGGACUGUCCGAUAACGAUGAAGCAAAGCAUGGAUUCUACGAUGUUAGUCUUUCAUAACUACGUUAUCUUUUGUUUAUUGAGUUGCCGUUAUAACACGUAGACCAGUGGCAUUCGCAUUUCUUGCAGUCAACUGUUUUCCAUCCCCUGUCCACCGUUCUAGUCUCGUCGUCAAACUGUUAUUGGACUGGUGGAGACGGAUCCCUCAUCAGCGUUGGAUCAACUUGCCCUUUAUGUGGUCCAGGUAUCUGAGAUGGUGCAUGGCCGAGGUUUCUGUAUACACAACCAGGGUUGCC